GCUCUGGAGAAGUGCAAAGAUGCAGGAUUAACCAAGUCCAUUGGGGUGUCUAAUUUCAAUCGCAAACAGCUGGAAAUGAUACUGAACAAGCCAGGACUCAAGUAUAAGCCCACCUGCAACCAGGUGGAAUGUCACGUUUAUCUCAACCAGAGCAAACUUCUGGAGUACUGCAAGUCCAAGGACAUUGUUCUCGUUGCUUACAGUGCCUUGGGAUCACACAGGGAUCCAAACUGGGUCGAGCAGAAUAGUCCACAGCUCUUGGACGACCCAGUCCUGCAUGCCAUUGCUAAGAAACGGAACCGUACCCCAGGUCAGGUUGCUCUGCGCUACCUCCUGCAGCGUGGGGUGGUGGUCCUGGCCAAAAGCUUCAGUGAGAAGAGAAUCAAAGAGAACAUGCAGAUUUUUGAGUUUGAAUUGACUGCAGAUGACAUGAAAGAAAUCGAUGGCCUCAACAAAAAUUUCCGCUAUAGUAAAUUUCUAUAUGCUGUUAAUCACCCUAAUUAUCCAUUUUCUGAAGAAUACUGACCAUGAAGUGUGGAAUGUUAAUCAAGAAUAUUCUGCUUUUAGAUGUAUGGAGUAGAAAUGAAUAAGAAGCGGUGUCU